AUGGUAGACAGUUUAAUAGUUUCUUUGAGACUUCUCAGUUCCCUAGCAGUGCUGGGAUUUCAGUUUGUCAUCCCACAACCUUCAAUUGAACACAGAAAGGUUCCCCAGAGGAUAGAAGAGCAAGGAGAUGCAUCUGAGGAUAGCAGUGCAGGAAUCCCAGGCAUGUGGGGCAGUUGGGGCCCCUGGUCUGCCUGCUCUCGGAGCUGCAGUGGCGGAGUGAUGGAGCAGACACGGCCCUGCCUCCCAGCCUAUUACCAGGAAAGGAGCUACCGACGGCCCGGGCGGCAGUUCCCAGCCUCGGAGAGGACUCUUGCUCACCAGAAUUCCCGCCACCGAGAGGACUCGCUGACUGCUUAUCCUGGCCACAUCAUUUCUGCCAUCCGUACAUCUGUACCACUUCACAGGAAUGAAGAGCAGCUUUGGGCUGGCCUUCGGGCCUCUACUUCUUCUGGAGGCCAAAAUAACAGCCACCUGAGCAGAGGAGCUUUGAGAGGCAGCAGGCAUUCCCAGUCCCAGAGGCAGAAUGCUAAGGCAGAAAAGAGAAGCAGAAACAGAAAUCCUAUUGGUCCAGGAAAGUAUGGAUAUGGAAAAGUGCCAUACAUUUUACCUUUACAAACUGAUACUGGUCAGCAGCCUCAGAAGCUUCGGAGGCAGCGGCAGUCGUCAAGGAGCCAUGUAUUUCAUCAGAGUCCAAGUCUCAUGAACACUUACAGCCAGGCAGCUAGUCCUUCACUUCAACAUGGGAAUCUUUAUCAAGAAGAGAGUGAGCCUCAGGCUGGACAUCAGGUCCUGGGACCCUCGCUUUAUCAGUCACCUUCAUUUCCUGUGUCUCAAAGCCUGUUUCACAGCAGCAACUCAAACCAUCAUGGACCUGCAUCACACCAGUCCAUCCAGGGGCAGCCUCAGCCUCCAAGAGCUGCAGCAAUUGUGUGCAUUGGUGCUUACAAGCAAUAUAAACUCUGCAACACAAAUAUUUGUCCUGAAAGCAGCAGAAAUAUUAGAGAGGUGCAAUGUGCAUCAUACAAUAACAAGCCAUUUAUGGGUCGAUUUUAUGAAUGGGAACCCUUUGCAGAAGUGAAGGGGAGUCAGAAGUGUGAGCUGAAUUGCCGUGCGAUAGGCUACAGGUUCUAUGUGAGACAAGCUGAGAAGGUGAUCGAUGGGACACCCUGUGACCAGAACGGAACGUCCAUCUGCGUGGCAGGGCAGUGCAAGAGCAUUGGCUGUGAUGACUAUCUGGGUUCAGACAAAGUGAUUGACAAGUGUGGAAUAUGUGGAGGGGACAACACUGCUUGCAAGGUUGUGUCUGGAGUUUUCAAACACACGCUAACAAAUCUUGGCUACCACAAGAUAGUGGAAAUUCCUGAAGGAGCUACUAAAAUCAACAUUACUGAGAUGUCAAAGAGCAACAACUAUUUGGCUCUGCGGAGCCGGUCGGGACGGUCCAUCAUCAAUGGAAACUGGGCAAUUGAUCGACCUGGGAGAUACGAAGGUGGUGGGACAAUGUUCACUUACAAACGCCCAAAUGAAAUCUCCAGCACUGCAGGAGAGUCAUUUUUAGCUGAUGGUCCAACAAAUGAAGUCCUUGAUGUCUAUAUGAUACAUCAGCAGCCUAACCCAGGUAUACAUUAUGAGUAUAUCAUUCCAGGAGACAAUGUCAUUAGUCCUCAGUUGCUUGCUCAAAGAAGGCCAGGGGAGCCCUUGAAUGGUCAGUUAGGAAUUCCGGAAAGUACAAAUCAUGAGGAUGAGGAUUUGUAUAGGGAGACAGCUACUUUCACUGGACAGUCAGCAGGAGCAUUUCCAGUUAUUCAGCCAGGAAGAUUUCCUUCUCAUCAGCCAGAAAACCAGGUGCCUGCUGUGCAACCACCAAGGCAAAACCGAGAACACAACUGGAAACAGAUUGGAAAAACUGAGUGCACAACUACAUGUGGGAAAGGGUCACAGUACCCAAUUUUCCACUGUGUCAACAGAAUCACUCAUGAGGAGGUACCUGAGAGUUACUGUGACAGCAGCACCAAACCCAUUCCAGAAGAGGAAGCCUGCAACCUCUUCCCUUGUCCAGCUUUCUGGGAUAUAGGGGAGUGGUCUGAGUGCAGCAAAACCUGUGGCCUUGGCAUGCAGCACCGGCAGAUCCUGUGCCGGCAGAUGUACGCCAAUCGGACCCUGACAGUCCAGCAGUACCGCUGCCACCACCUGGAGAAACCAGAGACAACCAGCACUUGCCAGCUGAAGAUCUGCAGUGAAUGGCAGAUUAGGACAGAGUGGACUUCAUGUUCAGUGCCUUGUGGAGUGGGGCAGAGGACCCGAGAUGUGAAAUGUGUCAGCAACCUUGGAGACAUUGUUGAUGAUGAGGAAUGUAACAUGAAGCUGCGGCCAAACGAUAUUGAGAACUGCGACAUGGGGCCCUGUGCUAAGAGCUGGUUCCUUACAGAGUGGAGUGACAGGUGUUCUGCAGAGUGUGGGGACGGGGUCCGCACACGCUCGGUGGUUUGUAUGACCAACCACAUCAGCAGUUUGCCCCUGGAAGGCUGUGGCAACAACAGACCCUCUGAGACAAGUCCCUGCAAUAACGGACCCUGUGCUGGUAAAGAGGAGUGGUUUGCUGGGGGCUGGACACAGUGCUCUACUGAAUGUGGCAGUGGAACUCAACAGAGAGAAGUAAUUUGUGUUAGGAAAACUGAAGGUAAUUUUGAUGUUUUGAACCCGUAUGAAUGUUCGUAUUUGGAAAAACCUCCGAGCCAGCAAUCCUGCUACCUCAAACCCUGUGGGUCCAAGUGGUUUCAUACAGAAUGGAGCACAUGUUCCAAAUCCUGUGAAGGAGGAUUUCGAGUUCGAGAGGUACGAUGUCUAUCAGAUGAUAUGACAGCCAGUGAUCAGUGUGAUCCACAGCUUAAACCUGAAGAAAAAGAAUCAUGUAACACACAAGAUUGUGUCCCUGAAAUAGAUGAGAACUGCAAAGAUAAAUACUACAAUUGCAAUGUGGUGGUGCAGGCCCGGCUCUGUGUCUACACCUACUACAAAACAGCCUGUUGUGCAUCCUGUACACGUGUGGCAAACAGACAAUCAGGGUUUCUAGGGCGCAGAUAACAAAGACCCUUCUACUCAAAGUGGCAAUGUCAGUCUUCGGAUGGAGCUUGAACAGUGUUACUGUUUUGUCUACAGCAGGUUUUAGCUUCUUAGAGGUGGUUUUUUAUAUUGCUGACUACAUCAAG